CGCCCGCCCGCUGGGGCGCAGGCCGCGGCCUGGCCCGGCAGGAUGCUGAACGUUCCUCCGCAGGCCUUCCCUGCGCCCAACUCCCAGCAGCGAGUGGCUGCGAGCGGCCGUGCCAAGGUACCUUUGAAACCAGGAAGGAGUCUUAUGGAUUGGAUUCAACUAACUAAAAGUGGGAAGGACUUGACUGGUUUGAAAGGGAGGCUGAUUGAAGUGACAGAAGAUGAGCUUGCAAAACACAACAAAAAGGAGGACUGCUGGAUAUGUAUAAGAGGAUUUGUAUAUAAUGUCACCCCGUACAUGGAAUAUCAUCCUGGCGGCGAGGAUGAGCUGAUGAAAGCAGCAGGAAAAGAUGGUACAGAUCUCUUUGAUCAGGUUCAUCGUUGGGUCAACUAUGAAUCAAUGCUGAAGGAAUGUCUUGUUGGGAGAAUGACUGUCAAGCCUGUUGUUGCUCCAAAAGAGAUUUCUUCUGCUCUCUCUGAAGAGAAGAAACAACUUAAUGGUAUGCUCCCUGAGAAGAAAGCUCUGGGUGCUUCUGCUAAAGAUUUAACUCCAAGUUACGACUGGUUCCAAACAGAUGGUUUGAUCACCAUUGUCAUCUAUACCAAGAAGAAGGAUGUGAAUGCAGAGUCAGUGGUGGUUGACUGUCAAGACAAACGAUUAAGGGGAGAGAUCAUCAUGGGGGACCACUCAUAUCUCAUAGAAGUUGGCUUGACUCAUGCAGUUCAAGAAGACAUGACUGUAAACAUUGCUGAAAAAGUUGGGAAAGUGGAAAUUGUCUUAAAGAAAAAGGAUAACAUUCAUUGGAGAAUUUUGGGACAUCCCUUGGAGAGUCAUAAUACAUUUAUCAAGUGCACAGACAGAGGACUCUUCUACAGAAAAUGCAAGCUGGUUUCCAAGACAGAAGUUACCCACGACACCAAGCUGUUGUGCUUGAUGUUGCCUAAGGGCACACAUCUGCAGGUUCCCACUGGGCAGCACAUUUACCUCAAACAGAUCAUUGCAGGAACAGAGGUGGUAAAACCAUACACACCUGUAUUGCCUUCUUUGCCACUGGAUUUCAAAGAGCCAUCUCCCCAUGAUGGUGCAUGUAUAUAUUUAAUGAUUAAAAUUUAUCCCUCUGGACUGUUCACACAGGCACUUGACCACCUACAAAUUGGAGAUGAUAUUCCUGUCAGCAAUCCUGAAGGUAACUUCAAGAAGUCAAAGGUUCAGACUUCAGAAGAUCUCUUUUUAUUGGCAGCAGGCACAGGCUUCACACCGAUGGUUAAGCUGCUGAAUUAUACUCUGACUGAAGUUAGCUGCCUCCGGAAAGUGAAGCUGAUCUUCUUCAACAAAACAGAAGAUGACAUACUUUGGAGAAACCAACUAGAGCAAUUAGCUCUUAAGGAUGAAAGGUUUGAGGUACAAUUCAUUCUUUCACAACCAAAAAAGGACUGGGUGGGUAAACAGGGGAAGAUUUCAUCGUCUCUCCUCUCUGAGUUUGUGCAAAGAAGCAGAAAAGACUCCAAAGUGCUUAUCUGCAUCUGUGGUCCAACACCUUUUACAGAACAAGGAGUACAAUGCCUGAAGGAUCUUGGGUACUGCCAAGAAGAGAUCCACGCUUUCACUGCAUAAACCCCAAACAGAAUCUCAUUGUUUGGUAUAAUUUAAUCUUAUUUAUUUACAUCCAUGGAUUUAAAUAAGUGAGGAGCAAUUUUGUAAGGCUUGAAAUUUCACUCUUGGUACCAAAACUGUUUCUCAGAAGAAAUCUAUCUUUGA